UUCACGAUUGGAUGCAGCUGUGAGCUCUCAGUCUGGAUCAGGUCCUGGAUCAGGUCUGAAGGUGCUUCACUCAUGGACGAGUCGGCGUUGGAACGUUACUUUGAUGACUCUAUUGCAAAUGACUCCGGCUUUCUUCUGGGCGAGGAGCUGGACCUCCAGAGCCCCGCCCAUUCGAAGGCGGGGCCGAGCAGACCGGUGGGGGAGGAGCUAGACCUCAGCUUCCUACCUGAUGAACUCAGUACGCAGGAUGAGCCGGGUCACCACGACAAAACAGCUGACAGUCAGACUGUCGCUCUGGACGUUUCUCAGGACAGCGGCAUCUAUCCGGACUACAACUCCCAGGGUUCCACAGCAGCAGCAGACCCCCAGCAGGGGCCGUCCAUGUCGGGAUCGGGUGUCUCCUCCUUCUGUCCCAUGACUCCUAUGACCCCCAUGACCCCCAUGACACCUGUGACUGAGAGGUCAGGAAUCAUCCCCCAGUUACAGAACAUCGUCUCCACAGUGAAUCUGGGUUGUCCUCUGGAUCUGAAGUUUAUCGCCCUCCAGGCCAGAAAUGCAGAGUACAACCCAAAGCGUUUUGCGGCUGUCAUCAUGAGGAUCAGAGAGCCCCGAACUACCGCGCUGAUCUUCAGCUCCGGGAAGAUGGUCUGUACAGGAGCCAAGAGUGAGGAGCACUCCCGACUAGCAGCUAGGAAGUAUGCUCGGGUGGUCCAGAAACUGGGCUUCCCCGCCCGCUUCCUGGACUUUAAGAUCCAGAACAUGGUGGCCAGCUGUGACGUGUGCUUCCCCAUCAGAUUGGAGGGUCUGGUCCUGACCCACCAGCAGUUCAGCAGGUAA